AUGGCGAUCGAAGAACAACCAAUUCCAGCUGUACACCAGUCUUCAAGUUCCAAUCAAGGGGUAAUUCCCAAUCAUACUCCUGGAAUUGAUUACAAUCAUCCCUUAUUCUUGAGUCCAUUAGACGUCUAUGAGGAUGGCCCUGGUAGGAAAAAUAAAUUAGAUAUGGUGGAUGGAACCUGUUCUAAAGAAAAUUUUCCAGAAAAUCUUACAAUCUUCAUAAAAAUUGCUACUCUAAGUCAAGUAACAGCAUCUAUGUCUGUGUACUUUUCAAAGCUUAAAGAUUUGUGGGAAGAAUUUGAAGCGUUAGUCCCUGCUCCUGGUUGUCAUUUUCCAAAAUCAAGAGAUUUUGUGGUUCACUUGCAAAAACUCAAAUUGUGUCAAUUCUUGAUGGGUCUUAAUGAUUCCUACAAUCAAACUAGAAGCCAAAUUCUAUUGAUGAGUCUAAUGCCUACAAUCAAUCAAGCAUAUGCAAUGGUUAUUAGUGAUGAGAGUCAGAAAUCAGUAGCUGCAACUACAGGGUUACUAGGGGCAAAUCUCAGCACCACUACAAGGCACUAUGAUAUUGCUAUGUACACCAAAACUGGAGCUUCUGCAACACCUCCUUCAGCAAAUGCAGCAGGUAUACCAUGUGCCUUACUUGCAUCAAAUAGUUUGCAAGAUUGGAUAAUAGAUACAGGAGCUACAAAUCCUAUGGUAGCUGACUUAGAAUUACUGAACAAAGCCUCUUUAGUUCAAACAGGUCAACCAAAGAAGGUGUAUCUACCAAAUGGAGAAACAACUCAAGUCACACAUAUUAGAACUAGCACUAUAUCAUAUCAAAACACAAUAACUAAUGUGUUUUACAUUCCUCAGUUCAAAUAUAAUCUUCUGUCAGUUUCAAAGGUAAUCAAGGAGAUGAAAUAUUCAUUUGCUUUCUUUUCUGAUUUUUGCAUAUUUCAAGAACUCUUCAGUGGGAGAGUGAAAGCGAUUGGUAAAGAAGAUAGUGGUCUAUAUAUCCUGAGCAGACAAAAAUACAAGGAGUGA